AUGAAGAUGUGGAUCUUGGGGUUGGUGGUCUGUUUGGUUCUGGAGACUGUACAUUCGGAGAGGCCCAGAGGGAAGCAGACACCUGUGAAUCCUGAAGUAUACAUGAAUGUGAGUGAAAUUAUCUCUUACUGGGGAUUCCCAGUUGAAGAACAUUUUGUCGAGACUGAGGAUGGAUAUAUUCUUUGUCUUCACCGAAUCCCCCAUGGGAAGAAGAAUAGUUCUGACAAAGGCCCCAGACCAGUGGUGUUUCUGCAGCAUGGUUUGAUUGCAGAUUCCAGCAACUGGGUCACCAAUACUGUCAACAACAGCCUGGGAUUCAUCCUUGCUGACGCUGGUUUUGAUGUCUGGAUGGGGAACAGCAGGGGCAACACCUGGUCUCGGAAACACAAGACUCUCUCAGUUUCUCAGGAUGAAUUCUGGGCCUUUAGUUUUGAUGAGAUGGCAAAGUAUGACCUGCCAGCUUCAGUUAACUUUGUUCUGAAAAAAACAGGCCAAGAGCAGUUGUAUUAUGUGGGUCAUUCUCAAGGUACCACCAUAGGCUUUAUAGCAUUUUCACAGAUGCCUGAGCUGGCCAAAAAGAUUAAAAUGUUCUUUGCCUUGGCUCCUGUGAUGUCAAUCAAGUUUGCUACUAGCCCUGUAGUCAAGUUAGCAGCCAUUCCAAGACAGAUCUUUCAGGAGAUAUUUGGAGUCAAACAAUUUCUUCCUCAGAAUGCAAUCCUAAAGUGGCUGAGUACCCAUAUUUGCUCCCAUGUCAUUCUGAAGGAGCUGUGUGGAAAUCUCAUUUUUGUUAUAUGUGGAUUUAAUGAGAGAAAUUUAAAUAUGUCUAGAGUGGAUGUGUAUACGUCACACUCUCCCGCCGGAACUUCUAUGCAAAACAUGAUGCACUGGACCCAGGCUGUUGAAUCCGUAGACUUAAAAGCCUUUGACUGGGGAAGCAGCGCUAAGAAUUAUUUUCAUUAUAACCAGAGUUACCCUCCCACUUACAAAGUGAAAGACAUGCCUGUGCCGACUGCAGUUUGGAAUGGAGGUCAGGACUGGCUGGCAGACAUCAGUGACAUUGGGAUCUUACUGACCGAGAUCACCAAUUUGGUGUACCACAAGUACCUUCCCGAAUGGGAGCAUCUCGACUUUAUCUGGGGCUUGGAUGCCCCUUGGCGGAUGUAUAAUGAACUUGUUGAUCUAAUGAGGAAAUAUCAGUGA